UCCUGAUUAUAUUGAAAAGAUGAAAUGUAUACAUUAAAAAAAGAUUGAUCAUAAAACGUUUUUGAAAUAGUAUAGGUAAUUAUAGUUACUUCAAAAAAAUUGAUUUAAGCUCUGACGAGUGCGGAAGUCCACAGGGAGGAGUUCUGGAUUUCUUAACAUUUAUAGGGAUAUCAACUAAUAUCGUAGUUUCGGCGAUAAACGCAAUAAAUUCAAUAAACAACAACAAUAACAACAACAACGACAACAACAACAAUAACAACAACAACAACAAUGAUAACAAUGAUAAUGACAAUGUGUUCAUGAUCACAGUAACUAACUCUAGACGGAGAAGAGAAGUUGUGGAUAAAUUUUCUUUAUCUGCAUACCAAUGGCUCUGUUCAGCUAAAGCGAGAUUUGGGAACGGUGUUGAUAAUCUAGAUAAACUGAUUUUGUUUGUUUACAAAUUGAAUAUAUCCUUCAUGUACAACAUAAGCUCUCACGACUGUACAAUUUAAAGAAUGAGAUGAAUAUCGGAAUUAUUACUCUUGCCCUGGGAUUCAUUUUUCUCCCGUUCUCCGAGCUUAAACUUAUCUCUGGUAGCAAGAAAUCAAGACAUAAAUAUAAAGUUGUAACCCCAGCUCCAGUUUGUGUAGAGCAACAGGAGAGCGUGUUUUCUGUCACAGGGUUUCUAACUUUCAUGGUUGUUGCUGCCACAGCAGUCAGCAACGUCAUUACGAACAUAGAUAACAACAACAACAAUAACAAUAACAACGAUAACAAUGAUAAUGUUAACAAUAACAACCAGAUCUCCGAGAGUGCUAACGCUGAAAAUAUGGGGAACGCAAAGCGAUCAUUCCCAGUUUUGAUAUCUUCAGAUGAAACCCAAUAUUCAAGGAAUAAAUCUAGUUCAUGGUUUAAUGGCUGGAACUAUGCUGGACGAACAGUUCAUAAUCGAGAAAAAGAAGAAUCAUCUUGUAUGAAACUUCUUUUGUGUCUAUUUUUAAACCCGGAGAAGACAGAACCUGCGGACCAUCGUUCAGAGAUAACGAAGCUAGGGUUUGGGUUUGCAGUUGGAGAUUGGAUGUGCAUCCAUCCUUUAGAUAUAUUGAACAUUUAUAGAUUAGGGCUAAGAAGAUCGUGCUUACAGAGCUACAAGUGCUUUAUUGAGUAGGGACGAGAUUAAAUAAAGCUAAUUACAUAAAGGGUGGUUCAAGAAGAUUGGGAGGCUAGAGAAAAAGGCAAAGUGAAUAGAAAAAAUAUAAAGAGAGAAAAGAUGGUUCUCUUUUCUAUUUUAAUAAUUCU